UACGGAGUCGCCCUAGAUACCGACGACAGCAACUUCGUCAACCGACCCAUUUGCAAGGGUCUACGAAUAGCUCUCCAAGACCCUCCUGAAGCGCCGGUCCUGGAGGAUACGGGGCAAAGGAGAUCGAUCUCCUUCAAUGACGGGCCGACAGUGUAACCCUUUGGGACAGGCAUAGCUGCCCUCCUCCUCUCUGAUAUAUAGCUGGUCUUUGUUCCCCCGGCCACCUACUGCUUCGUUCUUGUCUUUGUCUUCCACUUCAUCGCCAUUUCUUCCUGUUGAGUUCCAUUCGUUCGACUACCCUCAAGUCGUUCUUUUUUUCUUUUUCUUCUUCCCCCCACCCCUUUCACCUUCGUUUGUAAGCCCAAGGCCACUCGCUUCCCUUGAGCUAUUAUCGUUAACAACACUAUCUUGAUUUGUUUCUCCUCUCUCUUUUCGAACGAUACUACCACAGGCUGGAAGGUAUAUAUUUAUUCGGUUUCUCAAGCAAUCAUGAAGACUCUUCUGCCUCUUUUGGCCCUUGCCGCCAGCCUUGGCGAGGUUACCGCUACUUUCCGCUUUGCCAACCCCUUCACCUGCCCUGACAACAUCGACAACGACUGCUUCGACGACCACCAGAGGAACGGCUUCGACUGGCGCGACCUGGUCCCUGGUAACUUCGGCAACUAUGCCGGCUUCGAUUUCAAGGGCUGGGCCUUAGAAUCCAAGGUGUCGCGUUUCAACGACAGGGCCAUCGGCGGUGUCUGCGGCCUAACCAAGGCCGAGUCCCCUUCGUUCGGCUCCGGCAAGAAGUUCUCCAUCGACUGGUUCGAAGUCACCCCCGAGUUCGACUGCGACCUCGAGUUCCACUACGACAUGCCCGACGGCAGCCAGUGCCGCCACCGGGCCACCUGUUCGAGCCGGGGUACCACCGUGAAGAACACGCAGUGUGGUGGCGCCAUCAACGUCACCGUCGUCUACCCCAGGCAGCCUCGCAGCUCCAGGAACAACUGCUUCGUCAACAUCUGGAGGAUCGGUUUUGACUGCGAGAGGAAGAAGCCCCCCAAGGGCCCUGCGCCUCCCACGCUUCCUCCCCCUACUACACUCAGCACUGUUGUCCUUCCUCCUGCUACUUCCGAGCUUCCUCUACCCUCUGAGAGUCCCGAGCAGCCCGAGCAGCCUGAACAACCCGAGCAGCCUGAACAACCUGAACAACCCGAACAACCCGAGCAGCCUGAGGCCCCCAAGUCCUCUUCCGCCGUGCCGCCUGCCGAGAGCACUCCUGCCGAGAGCACUCCUGCCGAGAGCACGCCUGCCGAGAGCACGCCUGCCGAGAGCACGCCUGCCGAGAGCACGCCUGCCGAGAGCACGCCUGCCGAGAGCACUCCUGCCGAGAGCUCCCCGGCCGAGUCCAAGCCUCCCGUUCCAUCCAACCCCCCUCAGUCUUCCGAGGCUCCCGAGUUCCCCGGCGAGACCCAGCCUCCCGUCUUCUCCAGCACCUCGAGCGCCAUCCCGGAACAGAGCCAGCCCCCUGUCUCUUCUCAGCCGCCAGCGGUGCCCCAGGAGCCCAUCACCGAGGUCACCACCUAUACUACCAUCUCGACCAUCUUCACCACCAUCGUAUCCACCGUUACCGACUGUGGUCCUGAGAUUCCCGAGUGCGCUGGUGGUACUCCUCCCGUCGUCACCGUCACCGUCCCCCUGACCACUACUGUCUGUGAUGUGACUGAGACUAUCACCCUCACUCCUGAGCCCACUGGCACCUUGCCCGUCGUUCCCGAGCAGCCCGGUCAGCCUCAGCCGGAGCAACCUGGUCAACCUCAGCCCGAGCAACCUCAGCCCGAGCAGCCCGAGACUCCCGAGCAACCCCAGCCCGAACAGCCCGAAGUCCCUGCCCCCACUGUCACCGGGCCUGCGUCUCCCAUCGAGACUCUCCCCUGCCCCGACGUCGUCCCCAAGUGCCUGAACACAUGGCUGUUCUCCGUCGCCUGCUCGGACAACACCGACGUCGCCUGCUACUGCCCGGACACCCUCUUCGUCGAGCACAUCUUCACCUGCGUCUACGCCCACGGCGAGACCGACGAGAUCAUCGCCGAGGCCGUCAAGUUCUUCCAGGGUAUCUGCGCUGGGCACAUCCCCGAAAACCCCGCCAUCAUCACCGGCGCCGACCCCAUCACCACCGUCAUCACCGUCGCCCCCACCCCGGUGCCCACCGAUGCCCACUACACCACCAUCGUCGUCGACACGACCCUCACAGUCCCCCAGGUCUCGGACGGCUCCACCAUCGAGGGCUCCCCGGUCGUCACCGUCAUCCAGUCCACCAUUGAGGUUCCCGAGGUCGGCUUCACCACCUCCGGCGUGGAGGCCAUCCCCGUGGUUCCUACCCCCGUAGUUCCUACCCCCGUGGCUCCGGGCGCUUCGGACCCUGUCGGUAGCGGUGGCGUCUUGCCUUCCGAAUCUUCCGACCCGGACUUGGAUUUCCCCGUCCGGGCCGGUGCCGGUAAGGUCGCCGCCAGCUUCGGUGCGGCCGUGGCUGCCAUGGUCGUUGUUGCUGUGUUCUGAGCUUAGCCAAAGGUGGCAUGGCUCUUGCGCUCUCAUCAUUCCCUCCUCUUUUUCGUUUUACCAUGUCAAUCAUCGAAGCAACUAUGAGGCCGAUACAACAUCGUACAAAGGAGAAAACACAUACACAUACAUAUAUACACAUAUGAACUAUCCUUGGACAGGGAACAUACUUACAUUUCUUACGAUCCUUAUGAAAGACUUUUUGUUAUCGCGGUUUAUUUUUUUUUUUACUUUUUGUCAAGCUGUAUAGGGGGUAUAGGACGGUGCCACUUGGGGCGAGAAAAGGAAUAAAUGCUUGGACAAUACCCUGGGUGCUUAGAGGUGUAAUAGUAAUUGGUUGAAAUAGAAGAGAGCGUGUCCUUGG